AUGGGACGGAGAUCUACAUCAUCCACCAAGAGUGGGAAAUUUAUGAAUCCCACAGACCAAGCUCGAAAAGAAGCCAGGAAGAGAGAAUUAAAGAAGAACAAAAAACAACGCAUGAUGGUACGAGCUGCAGUCUUAAAGAUGAAAGACCCCAAACAGAUUAUCCGAGACAUGGAGAAAUUGGAUGAAAUGGAAUUUAACCCAGUACAACAGCCACAGUUAAAUGAGAAGGUGCUGAAAGACAAGCGUAAAAAGCUACGUGAAACCUUUGAACUCAUUCUAUGACUUUAUGAAAAAGAGAAUCCAGAUAUUUACAAAGAAUUGAGAAAACUAGAAGUCGAGUAUGAACAGAAGAGGGCUCAACUUAGCCAAUAUUUUGAUGCCGUUAAGAAUGCUCAGCAUGUGGAAGUUGAGAGUAUUCCAUUGCCAGAUAUGCCGCAUGCUCCUUCCAACAUCUUGAUCCAGGACAUUCCACUUCCUGGUGCUCAGCCACCCUCCAUCCUUAAGAAGACCUCAGCUUAUGGACCUCCAACUCGGGCAGUUUCUAUACUUCCUCUUCUUGGACAUGGUGUUCCACGCUUGCCUCCUGGGAGAAAGCCUCCUGGCCCUCCACCUGGGCCUCCUCCUCCUCAAGUCUUACAGAUGUAUGGCCGUAAAGUGGGCUUUGCACUGGAUCUUCCCGCUCGUAGACGAGAUGAAGAUAUGAUAUAUAGUCCUGAUCUUGGUCAGCGAGGUCAUGAUGAUGAUGUUUCUAGCACCAGUGAAGAUGACGGUUAUCCUGAAGACAUGGAUCAAGACAAGCAUGAUGAGAGCACUGACGACAGCACUGAUGACAGAUCAGAUGGAGAAAGUGAGGAGGAUGAAUUUGUGCAUCGAGAUGAUAAUGAGAGAGAGAGCAAUGAAGAGAAGAAGUCAGGUCUGAGUGUACGAUUUGCAGAUAUGCCUGGAAAAUCGAGGAAGAGGAAGAAGAGCAUUAAGGAGCUGACUCCUCUUCAAGCCAUGAUCAUGCCAGGACCACCUCCUCUUGGACCACCACCUGCUCCACCUUUGAGGCCACCUGGACCACCUACAGGCCUUCCUCCUGGACCACCACCAGGAGCGCCUCCAUUCCUAAGACCACCUGGAAUGCCAGGGCUCCGUGGGCCAUUACCUCGACUAUUACCUCCAGGACCACCCCCAGGCCGACCUCCGGGCCCACCUCCCGGCCCACCUCCUGGUCUGCCUCCUGGACCACCUCCUCGGGGACCUCCACCACGGCUACCUCCCCCUGCACCUCCAGGUAUCCCUCCACCCCGUCCUGGCAUGAUGCGCCCGCCUUUGGUGCCUCCACUUGGACCUGCCCCACCUGGGCUUUUCCCACCAGCUCCCUUGCCAAACCCUGGAGUUUUAAGCGCCCCACCCAACUUGAUUCAGCGACCCAAGGCGGAUGACACAAGCGCAGCCACCAUUGAGAAGAAGGCAACCGCAACCAUC